CUCCCGUCAUAGGGCUUGUUGUUCUGUAGGCAGCGGCGACGGAGGCUGCACGAAGUCUCCCUAGGACCGCAAAGGGCCGGCAGCCGCAUCCGCCUCGGUAACAUGCAGCUGCGGGAGGAGGAGGAGGAGCAGCAGGCCAAGGUGUAGGAGGAGCCGCGGCGGCUUUUGCUUUUUGUUUGUUUUGGUUUCGGACGUGUUCUUGACUGUCUUUUCCGCCUUUUUCGUGUUUUGGCUCGCCUCUCGCCGGAGGAGGAAAAUGGAGUCCUUCCCCAGUAGCGAUCGAGUUCAGUUACCUAGAAAUAUGAUUGAAAACAGCAUGUUUGAGGAGGAGCCUGAUGUGGUUGAUUUGGCUAAAGAGCCUAGCUUGCAUCCUUUGGAACCUGAUGAGGUAGAAUACGAACCAAGAAGUUCUCGUCUUCUUGUACGUGGUCUUGGAGAUCAUGAAAUGGACGAGGAUGAAGAGGAUUAUGAAUCGUCAUCAGCCAAACUUUUGGGGAUGUCUUUCAUGAAUAGAAGUACUGGUCUGAGAAGUAAUAUGGCUGGUUAUAGGCAACGUUCAGAUGGAUCAUGUUCCGCUCCAUCCGUAAGGACUACAAUAAUCUGUGCAGUUGUCCUUGUGAUUGCUGUCUCCGUAAUAAUGGCGAUCUAUCUUCUCCCCAAGUGCACUUUUACCAAAGAAGGUUGUCACAACAAAAACCACACAAUGGAAGAGAUAUAUCCUUUGGCAACUAAUGGGAAACCAUUUCCAUGGGCUCAUUUUAGGCUUCCAGAAUUUGUUGUUCCAAAACAUUAUGAUAUUUUUCUGCAGCCAAAUCUAACCACAAUGAGAUUUACAGGUUCUGUUCAAAUAACUGUGGAAGUUAUCCAGGUUACUAUGCAUGUUAUACUUCAUAGUUCAAAGCUUAAUAUUACCAAGGUAACAUUGGCUUCACUGGGUUCAAGCCAGCCAAAACCAGCUGAUUUCCUGGAAUACCCAAUGAAUGACCAGAUUGCAAUUAUAGCUCCAGAAGCUCUUCUUGCAGGGCAUAAAUAUAAGAUCAGCAUAGAGUAUUCCUCUAAUUUAUCCGACACUUACUCUGGCUUUUACAAAAUUGCCUUUAAGAAUAACAGCUCAACAAGGAAUUCUGUACAUUCGUCUGCACUAUUUAUAACAUCAGCAAGACUGAAAAGGGAUCUUGUAGCUCUUCCAGAUUUUCAGGCUGCAGGAAUGGAAAAUUGGGGUUUGAUCACUUUUCGAGAGACAGCACUCCUUUAUGAUAAUAAUACCUCUUCAGCAAUUGAUAAAAAGAGAGUGACAGCAGUUAUUGCUCAUGAGCUAGCCCACCAGUGGUUUGGUAAUCUGGUAACAAUGGAAUGGUGGAAUGACCUGUGGCUGAAUGAAGGAUUUGCUACUUUUAUGGAAAAUCUUGCCAUGAAGAUGGUCUUUCCAGAUUUGUAUACUGAUGACAUUUUUUUAAAUCUGCAAUUUAAGACCAUGGAGAAAGAUUCCAUGAAUUCAUCUCACCCAGUUUCCUUUCCUGUCAACUCAUCAGCAGAGAUUGAACAAAUGUUUGAUAUAGUCUCCUACAUCAAGGGAUCUUCUCUCUUGUUUAUGUUAAAAAACUAUCUUCAUAAAGAUGUUUUCCAAACUGGCAUUCAGAUCUAUUUGCAUGACUACAGCUAUAAUUCCACAUGCAGUGAUAAUUUAUGGGACAGUAUGAAUAAGAAACAAAGCAAUCUCUUGGCAAAUGGAUUAUUUCAAGAUGAAUUCUCUGUGAGCUUGAAAAUGAGCACUUACCUAGUAGCUAUCAUUGUUGGAAAUUUCAAAUGUACCAGUAAGAAAACAAAUGGGAUUUUGGUAUCUGUUUAUGCUGUACCACAAAAGCUUGGGCAGACUGAAUAUGCCUUGAACACAGCAGUGAAGCUACUUGAAUUUUACCAGAAUUAUUUUAACAUAACAUACCCAUUAAACAAAACAGUUUUUACUUUUUUUUCUCUCCUUUUCUUUUUUUAUCUAGGUGUAAUUGAGUACCCCCAUGAAAUAGAGUGGGUGAAGUUCAAUGUGAAUGGAAAUGGUUACUAUAUCGUGCACUAUGAUGAUAAUGACUGGAAUGCUCUAAUUCACCAACUGAACACAAAUCCCAGUAUUUUUGAUCCCAAAGACAGAGCCAAUUUGAUUCAUAAUGUAUUUAUUCUGGCUGGGGUAGGAAAAGUCACUUUGUCCUCGGCUUUCAAUCUAAUAGAGUAUAUAGUGAAAGAAAACAGCACGGCUCCAAUCAUGCAAGCUUUGCACCAAAUCAGUCAUAUCUUCAAUUUAGUUGAGAAACGGGGAAUGCUGGAUCUCUCAGCCAGAGUGUUGCUUGCAGACAAAUAUUAUGAAGAUCAUAUUCACAGCUGGAGCAAAAACUGAAGCUGGUUGGCAAUUUCUUUUAAAAAUGUAUUCCUUUGUGGAUUCUGAACCAGAAAAACUCAAAAUUCUUGAAUCAUUGGCCAGCACAAGUGAUGUUAAAAAACUCAUCUGGUUAAUGCAAACAAGCCUGCAAGGAGUUGUCAUCAGAUCCCAGGAUCUUCCAACUGUCAUAAAAACUAUCAGUCAGAGUUUGCCCGGACAUUUAUUGGCAUGGGAUUUUGUCAAAGAAAAUUGGGAUCAGCUUAUCAAAAAGUUUCAUCGUGGAUCAUACACUAUUCAAAGCAUUGUAACUUCAACAACGCAUCAGUUCUCCACACUAGAACAUCUGCUAGAGGUUAAGUCAUUCUUUGAAUCAAAGUCAGAGGAAACUGCUCAGUUGCUGUAUGUUCAAGAAGCUAUUGAGACAAUUCAACUGAAUUGUCAGUGGAUGGAAAAAAACUUGGCACUGCUUGCAAAAUUGCUAUAGUAAUCACAAUUCUCUUAUAGCUUGUAUUAAUCACUAGGAAUGCUGCAACUCUUGAUCUUUUGCUUUUGCAAAAAAAAAAAAGUUAAACAUGAGCAAUGCAAUUUUUGUUUUUUGCACUGUGAGAGAGGGUUGUAGUUAGCUCAGGGUUAAUCUCUUCUGAAUUCGCUCUCUUUGGAGUAUUUGUGGACUGGAUAUAAUUGCUAAUAAGGGAAAAGCUCGUUUUGACCAGAUAUUUACAUCAAGCAAGGAUAAUACAAUAACUUUUAAAAUUUUAGUACAGUUCCUCUUCAUUGUAGGGAAAUGGAAUUAUAUUUCAACUUAUAGAAUACAGUUUUACUUAAUGAAAAAAACAAGAGAGCAAGACAAACACUCCUAAGACCUGCUUUUUCUUUGCAAAAUUCAGUUUGGUCUUUCUCACUGUGCAUAGUUUCCUGAAUUGUAAAUAAUGUCUCUGUUGUAAAGCAUUUUUUAUCACCGUUAUAAGCAGUGGCUAAAACACAAUAAGGUGAAUAGGGGAAAUAAAAAGUAAGAUUUGGGGAGUUCUGGUGUUGAUUUAUCUAGGUAUUUUCUAGAAAUUAUGCAAAUAUCAGAUUUUUUAAAUUUGUCUACAACAUGGCUAGAUGUUACUAGUACUGUGUACUGAAUAAGUUAAAUUACCAUUUGUAAACAUAAGUAAAAGGUUAAGAGAGCUAGGCUGACCUGACCAUAGAGGUUUUCAAAAAAGUUAUAAAUUAUAGGUUGGAGAAUGUUUUAUACAAUUUUCAGAGUUCAGUUUUGUUUCUCCAUUUCAUAUAGCUUCCUAAAAGUAUGUAAUACACUGAUUCAGCAAUUUCAGAAUAAUUGGUUUGGGAAUUGCCUGGUUUUAAUUCCUUCCAAUACUGCCCUGAAGUUUCCCAUUUUUCUGUACAUAGCUAUUUCUGAAACUAGAUCAUGCCUGUGCUUUGACCAAAGUAACUAUUUGUUAAGUCAUGAUACAUGCUGUUUGUGUCACCCAUCCUCCUUCUAAAACCUUUCACCGAAAAUAAAGCAUGCCACCAUAUAAGUAAUUAUCCCAUACUUGUGAAAUUCUUCUACCCUGUGCUAACUUUUAUGGUAAAGUAAGAAAUUGGCAUUUAAAACAUUAUUGUCAACAAUUUUUCUGUUAUCCAUUAUAAUUCUAAAAUCUCCCAAUAAAAUAUUACAUUAUAACAAGAAUUGAGAGAAAUAAAAACAGAUUAAAAAAAUGAAAUGUGUUGAUUUAGGCCAGCUUCCCCAACUUGAUGGUUUUAAAAUAUUUUAGAACUAUAAAUUCCAAAAUACGUAACUAUCAUGUUGAGAUUUUCAGUUCUGGGAUUUGUAGUUCUGACACAUCUUAAAGGGCGCCAGAUGGGUAGUGCCUUCAAUCAUUUAAACAGCUAUAGAGUACUCUUAGUUUAUAAAUUUGUUCCUAUCAAAGAGGAUAAUAUAAGAAGCUCUUUCUUCAAGCAAAUAUGAAUUUGGAAAGGUAUGGAUCCAAUUUGACACAGCUUUUGAGACAUGCCUUUUUCUCAGGAUUGGAAGGGGAGGGGGAAAUCCCACUUUUUCCUGAAAUGUAUAUAGAUUCUACUAUAAAAACAAUCAGAAGAUUUGUUUCAACAUUUUACUACUGAUUUUACUUCAUGUUUCAUGGAGGAUUACAUACUCUGGAACAUUUUAGAUCUCAUUAUUUCUGUGCCAUAAAAUCCAUUGUUUCAUAAAUCAGUAUUAGGUAGUGUGUUUUCAUUCUUCAUAGGUAUUCCAGAAAUUGGAUAUAAGUGUGGUAAAGCUGAUAUGAUGUUUGUGUUACAAAUAAUUCCAAGUGAAGGACAUUGCUGAAGAAUAUACAAAAUUCAAUGUGUGAAGCACUUUGGGAGCAAUAAGAAAAAGAUUAAGAGAAUCAUUUGAACCAAUUCUGCUUAGUUAUGAAUUUAAUGUAAAAACAUAAAUUAGAUAAGUUGUUUUCAAUUAUAUUUCAAGUGUAUUGAAAACAGAGAAAGAAAAAAAUAUCUAGUUUUGGUACUUCUGAUUCUCUAAUAUACUGUUUUCAUUGCAAGUGAAUAGCUUAACUCUUAAUUUUGUUUGAAAAUAGCUCAUCUUGAUAGCCUCCAAAAUGAAUUGACUUCACAAUGUAAAGAACAUCUAACCUGGUUGUUAGAGAAUGAGAGGUUUGCUAUAUUUCUCUCAUGUUUUGUUUGCCAAUUACAUUUUUAUAUAUUUCCUUCCUUCCUCCUUCCCCCUCCCUCCCUCUGCUUUUUUGUUAGAUCAUCUGACACUUAAAAUUAUAUGUAGUUGUGUUUGCUACUGGAAAUGUGAACUGGACUUGAAAAUGUAGCACACACAUGUUCUGAAUUAGAAUAUUUUAUUUUAAAUGAAAGCACUGCACUGAUACUUUGAAAAUACUUUCAAUUAUUUAUCUUUUUAAAAAUAAUAGUGGCUUGGUUUUGAUUUACAUUUGAUUAAUUGUGCUCAAAUGGAGAAACAUAUUUAAAAAUAAUAAUGUAUGGAUUUGGGAUUUGUUCCUUAUCAAAGCACUUAUUUGCUUCCAACAAAGUUUGAUUUCCAACAAUGGAUAAUCUGGAAGAGUUGGGUUUUCUGUUCAUAUGUAUUUGUAUGUAUAUUGAAACUAUAAAUGAUAGAUAUUAUACUUUAAAUACAAUUGUCUUGAGUCCAUUCAGAAGAAGAAUUUUGUGUAAUAGAAUGAAAUGCUUUUAUCUAGUUAAAAAAUUAGUGGUGACUUUAAUAGAGUAGAGAAUUUUUUACUACAUCAAGAACUAAUUAAAGUAAGUUGAAUGUCCUCAAUUUUCUUUAUGGCUUCUUAGCUUAGAAAUGCCUUUCUAAAUCUUGAUCAAAGCUUUUGUUCUGUUUUGAAAUCUUAACAUCUUCUACAUGUAUCCUGUUGGAAGUGGCAGUUAUUUUGCUUUGAUUUUCCACUCCUCAAAUCACUUGCUUUACUAUAGAAAUACAGUGUAAAGUUAUACAAACUCUAUACUGUAUGUCCAAUCCCCGUUAGGUUCAAAACUUUCUGUAAUAGAUGAGAUUGGUAUUGUGGAAAACAUGAAUGAGAUCAAUUGGUUGUGUUUUCAAUCUGUUUGAAAACAUAGUUCAUGUGCCUUAAAAUAUAAGUAUUGUACAAAAUAUAUAAUGAAAGUCUGUUUUUCUUAAAAGCCCUUCAUUGUUAAGAAUCUCCAUAACUUUGAAGAUUAUUGAGAGCUAUAAUGUUAGCACUUUAUCAGUGAAGGAAAACCUUUUUGUUCAACUUACCAACAUGUCAGUUUGAAUGUCUAAACAAAACAAAAUGGUUUUGAUCUUUAUAGCAGUGAGUCCCACAGGACUUUAAAUAGCCAAGGGUGUUGUAUAUGAAUGGCUAGUUUAUUCUCAUUGGUGUUAAGUGUAUACUUAAAAUGCACAUGGAGCAUUGUGUGUUUCUUUAUAUGUUUGCAUUGAAGCAUUUUAUUAAAGAGAUAAUUAAAUAAGGCUUAUCCCAAUAAUCUGGCUUUGUGGUUAAAAUGUAUAACUAUAUUUGAAGCACAUCUUUUAAAUCUACAAACUUAUUUGCAUCUUAAAUAUGUUUAUAUAUACAUGCACACCAAUAUGUGUGUAACACAGAUAACUUUUUUGCCUAUUUUAUUUCACAUUGAAAGACUGGGCUUGUCUAUUAUAUCAUCAUAAUUACCCCCAAAGUUUUCAUUGUGGUUCUCAAAAAUCUGUUUGGGGAGAAAAUUAUUAGAUAUGUAUAACAGGGGAGCCACUAUAGUAGCUAUAUUUAUUUUUUUAAUAUAAAGGAAAAUAUAGUUUUAUCCUGUUUCCACAUGUUAUAUUUUUGAGGACAAAAGUGUGCUACCAAAAGGCCAAAUAUAACUCUUGGUCCAAAAAAUAGUCCAGAUCUACUGUACACAUGUGUGUGCCUCUUUCUCAAAUGUUGCACUGGAUAAGGGGAAGGCAUACACUGAGAAGAAUAGGAUUGGUAUGUUUGCUCUUCUCUCUACAUAUUUGGCUGAAUGCAUAGAGUUCAGCAUAUACAGCAUAAAAUAAACCUACUCCAAUAUUUAGAAUCAGUUUUUGUUCUGUUUGAAAUAGGUGCCAGACGUAAAAUCCAAAUUUAUAUUCAUCCUAGAAUUCAAAAUUGACAAGUUUGAGCAUUACAGUUUGUUUUCUUCUGACAUUGGGAGACAAAUUUCUCCUGUGCCAUUUUAUGAUCUCUAUGGAAUUUGGGGGGGGGGGAGUUCUAUGCAUAGUAAUCUAUCAUUUAACUUGUGAUUUUGGAAUUGUUGAGUGUGUUCCAAAUAAUAUUUUUGAAAAGAUAUUGCAUGAUGGUUGUUGUAUGGGUGUGUAAAAGGGCCUUAAAAGUGCAGGUUUUUUUGUACAUCUGUAGCUAUAUUGUGGCUGUAAUUCUGUCAAAAUGUACACAAAGCAAUCCAGCCAUUUAAAAUUGUCCAUCCCCAAAGUAAUUUUUUUUACUUCAAAUAAUGAAAUUGCUUUAUUUUUGAAUGCUCUCAAAGACUUAUUUAACUGUAAAUGUAAUAUUAGUAUCUUUAUACAGCUAUGGGAGAUGGAAUUCAAGUAAUAGAUCUUGCUGCUUUUAAAAACGGCCUGUUCCAAUACAGGUGAAAUUGGACAUGCACUGUGAGGCUAAUACUUGAAAGAAUGUGGCCUUAUUUUAGUUUAAUAACAUCAUGUUAUAUCGGAUGCUGACCCUUAUAUAUUUAUAUGACUGUCUUCCACCUGUUCCGUGUUAGAACAAUCCUCCCUCUAAUGAUAGAGUGGCUUUUAAAAAUCCUUCUGGAAGAUGUUAUCUUUCACUGCACUCUGAACUUCUAAACAUUGCUUCAUUUAAGAAUACAUUUUUGUACAUAUUUCACUAAUGGUUGCCCCCAUACCAAUGUUUAGAUACAUGCUACUUAAUUUCUAGUUCAAAUGCUAAUUGAUAGUCCUCCAAACAUGCAAAUAGCUUUUUAAAAAUGCUUGCUGGUAUUUUAUCCAUUAUGUUUAUAAUGUUUUAUCCCACAGUAAGAUAUUUAGGCAAUUUAAAAAGUUGUUUUGCCAUACUCUCAGGUCUUGAUAUUUAAGAACUUAAGCCUCCUAGGAUGUUACUGAAACCUGCAAUUUGCAGCAAAAAUGCAGAUCUUUACCCAUGACAUUGCUGCUUUGAUCAAAGCAAUGGUUGAACAUCUUUUUUAGGUUAGUCAUGGCACAUGUAGCAAAUUACUGUUGAAAUGUAAGAGUUACCUUGAUAAAAUGUGCAAGAGUAUGAGGAAGUUGGAAUGAAUGACUUGAAAGCUACUGAACACUCUUAAUUUACAGGGUCUUAAAACGGAUGGAUUUAAGAGUAAAUUUGCACCAGAUCAGUGCAGAGAUUGUAGUUUUGUUGAUAACAGGAAGCUGGCCUAAAUAAUGGUAACAUCAAAGCAGUUCUGGAACAUCAAAUAUUAUUGGACACUAAUCCCAUCCACUGAAUGGGAUUAGACUUCUCUGUUGAUAUCUAUAUAGAAAGCAUAGCAUACGUUUUUUAUCAAAAGAAUAACUCCAAGUUGUACAAUAUUUGCUUUGAGGAAGAGUAUUUUAGAAAACAAGAUGUGUGUUUGUGUCUUUAUAUAGAUGUACACAUUAUAUGCAAAUCUGUGGGUUUCCUUAAUAUGUAAAGAACAAAUGAAAGCCUAUUUUCUUAUACUUUGAAUAAAAUGGUGGUGUGUAUAACCAACACUGACAGAAUGGCAUAUAUAUUGCGAACACAAUUGCAUUUUUUGUGAAAUAAAAAUAAAACUGUUU